CUCAGCAACCCCUGUCCUAUCCUAUCGACCCACCUAUCCCCAUUCAUCGUCACUCCCCAGUCCGCGCAAGGGUGCCGGACGGCGAGGCAAGGGUGCGAGGUGCUCGGCAGUCGGCAAGACCGCAACCCCGUCGAUUCGAGGCGCGGGCACCGGAAAGUGCCACUCGGUGAGGCACGAACGCCGGCAGGGCUGACGCGGUUGCCACAGCCGCCGCCCUCCUUUCAGAGUUUCAGAGUCCAGAAUCCAAGCUCUAAACAGGCUCGACGUCCAUGAGCAGAUAAGCCACGCCACGGCGCGGCCACCGCGAGUACGCAAGGCGUCCCAGCACCCCCACGUAAACCCCAUCGGCGCGCGGGCAUGAGGGCGCUACCCGUCGCCCACAAGCUCGCUCUGACGGCCCCGUUGCUCCCGUGCCACCGCCGGCCCGCGGCUCACGGCCGGCGCCGGCGGUACGGAGCCGUGGUGGCGUACAUGGAGCCGAACCCCAACUCGCCGGGGGCCAUCGCGGGGCGGCUCAUCGGCGCCCUCCCCAUCGUGGGCCUCGUCGCGCGCAUCCUCAGCGACGAGGGCGGCGUCGGCGGCGACAUCAUCGACUUCGCCGAGUUCCGCCGCCGCGUCAGCAAGAAGUGCACCGUCAUGGACUCCAAGGCCUUCUACGACUUCAACCAGCGCCGCGGGAAGCCAGGAGAUCCCUUCUACGUUCUGCUCUGCUGCUGGCUGGCCGCCAUUGGCGCCGGGCUGCUCAAAACAGAGGAGAUCUUGGAAGGCGUGGCGCGUCUCCGCAUCUCCAACGAUAUCGAGUUCGAGGAGGAGACGUUCAUCGACAUGAUGAGGGCGGCAAGGGAGAAAAGGGCGAAGCUGAAGGCUCCAGCACCGCAGAUACCGAUGGAAACGCGGGCGGAGAAGGCGCUCGAAGCCAUCUACGUGUGCUGCUUCGGGCAGGACAUGGUGGAGGAAGAGGACGAGAAGCUGCUCCGGACGAUCCUGAACGCGGUCUUCCCUUCCGUCGGGAGGCCGGCGGUGGAGAGGAUGGUGGCGUCCAUGGCCAAGCAGGUGGCCUCCGGCGAGAGGAAGCGGGACGGGAGGACCGUGUCCAAGGAAGUGCAGCAGCGGCAGCUCAAGGACCUGGAGUUUCUGAAGCAGAAUAAGCUGGAGUCAUCGUGAAGCAGCGGCAAGCUGAAACUUGUCGUGGACACUCUGUAGUCCAAGAAACACAAAUCACGCGAUGUGGUUUGGCGGUUGUAGGCUUGCUCGGUUCCUUUUGGAACGACGGAUUCGUGAAGGAAUUUUGUAGGAUUAGAACGGAAUUCUAAUAUGAAUCUGUCAUAUACUCAUAUGUGCAGCCCUUUGGAAGUUGGAACAACGAAUAGUGAAAUCCUACAUAACUCCGUAUAUUCUUUUGGCUGGGAGAUUCAACCUCCUUUGUGGCUACCUCUCUUUUAAUUCCAGUAUUGUUCUUUCUCCUA